AUGGCAACCACCGCAAUAAACACUUCGGCAAAUCCGCUCAAGGCCGCUUGGACAUGGGGUGCAGGCACAGUAGUUGAAUCCGAAGAGGAAGACCACGACUCCCGUUGGGAAUCUGCCAGAAGCACAGCUUCAGACAUGCAAGCAUCUUGGGGGUGGGAACCAUCUCAUGAAGACGAAAGUCAGCAAGUGCCAAAUGCAACAUCCAAGGUGAAAGAGGAUGAGGAAGAUGAUUGGAAUUUAUUCGAACAUCGCAAGGGUGUAGAAGAUGAUGCAGAAAGCGGUACUGCUGCUACAUUCAUGGGAGAUUCCAUUUCUUGUGUCUCAUCUAUCCAAGAACUUAAAGUGGCCGUUAGGGAUGGUUCCCUGGACAAUGCUCUAGAAGAAGCUCGAAGGAGUUUUGAGCUUUGCCAGUCUUUGCGAUUCUCGCAACUAGUCUCGGGUCUUCCAGAAGAGGACGAAGAAAACGAUGAUAAGAAGAAGGCGAACGACAUUAGCUCAUCAAACUUUAUCAGCCUUGCAAAUAUUGAUGCGUCAGACAACAAGCCACUAGUAGGCUCUUCCUGGUGGAAUUUAUUGCCAAGUCCUUCCGAAGUCGAUGAAUCCAUCAGGUCCACCGGAUCGGCCAAGAGAAAUAAGAAGAUGAAGGAUGCUCGGAGGGCCAAGGUGUUGUCCUCAAUUUCCCUCUCUCUUUCCUUGGUGUCAUCACCUAUAUCCGAGUCUUCUAUUCCGGAGGACAUAGCAUCGGUCAAGAGUAGGAGGACACACAAUCGGAAGUCAAAAAGCAAGUCUCCCAAACGAUCCACCAGCUACAAGAAAAAGGACAAGCCCGAUGAAGACUCGAAAAACCAAAUCACUAUCUCCCACUUGCAGUAG